AUGCCUAAACUUUUGAUUCCCUAUUCCCCCAACUCUCGCCGAGUCAACGUCAACACGACACACCCCGACUUGGUGGGCUUGGCGGAUACCUCGACAUACUUCAACAUGCCUGCCGCAGUCGCGCGGCCCAAGGCGCCACGUCUUGGCUCUAUCAACCCUUCCAAGGCGGCCGGAACUGGGUACAUCUAUCAAUCCGCGGAGACAAAACGGAAAGCGCAACCGGCACCAGUGCGAGCCUCGAAACCCGAGCGACCAAAAUGCUGUGACGAUCCGAACAUCAGCGACGCUGAUGAGGGAGGAGCCAUCUGCUACAACUGCGGCCAGGUUAUCGAGGAAAGCCACAUCGUUGCCGAAAUCACAUUCGGUGAAACUUCUGGCGGAGCUGCAAUAGUCGAGGGUGGCUUCAUUGGCGAGAAUCAGCGACAUGCCAAUUCCAUGGGCGGGACUAUGCGGGGACUCGGUGGGAUGGGAAGCAGGGAGCAGGCGGAGAUGAACGGAAGAAGCGAAAUCCAGAAACUCUCACACGCCCUCAAGAUUCGACAGGCAGUCGAGGACCAAGCUAUUGGCUGGUACAAGCUCGCGUCCAACCACAACUUUGUCCAAGGUCGCCGCAUUCGAAACGUGGCAGCUGUCGCACUGUACAUGGCAUCGCGAAGACAACCAGAGAACACGCUCAUGCUCAUGGACUUGGCUGAGAAGGUACAGGUCAACGUCUGGCAGCUGGGUGACACAUACAAGCAGUUCCUGAGGAAGUUACGCGAAGAAGAUCCUGCACAGCUCGUAGGCAACAAGGCAGUCCAGGAGAUCGAGCCACUGAUGCUGAAGUACUGCCGCAAGCUCGAGUUUGACGAGGCGUCGCACAAGGUCGCCGACGAUGCCUGCAAGCUGUUGAAACGUAUGAGCAGAGACUGGAUGGUUCAGGGCCGCCAGCCUGCUGGACUCUGCGGUGCUUGCAUCAUCCUCGCUGCCCGCAUGAACAACUUUCGCCGAUCCGUCCGAGAAGUUGUCUAUGUUGUCAAAGUUGCCGAUUCCACUAUCAAUCAGCGUCUGUACGAAUACAAGAGGACACCGAGUUCGGCCUUGACUGUCAAUCAAUUCCGCGAGGUUGGGCACAGGAUGAAGGUCAAGACCCUGCCACCGGCCAUCUGGAGACGAGCAGAGCGAGAAGAAAACAAAGCGAAGAGGAAGGAGAGGGGGGCUUCUCAAGCGGAGGGCAUCACCGCGGAGGCGUUGGAGGGGAUGGAGGCCGAAGCUGGCCCCAGCACUGCACCAACGAGGGCCAGUAAGAGGCAGAAGACCAACGACGGCGCAUCGCCAGACGGCCCUGCCCAACUUCAGACCCCCGACCCAACGCAACAAACACCUCAGGAGGUAGUGGAUGUUGACGCGUUGAAUGAAGGGAAUGAAGACGGACUUGUGGACGCGAUCGGCAGUGCCUUUGCAGAUACAAACGGAGACGAUCCUGAGGACGAGAAUUUUGUCAUGCCCAAAAAGCGCGGUCGACCACCUAAGAAACGUGAGCCCAUACCCAUUUCUGAGGAAGACCUUGAAAUCGAGAAUGAAAUUGAAAAAGAAAUCGUGAAAGAGGUAACAGAGUGGGAAACCAUCUUUAAAGGAUUCGCCGACAACGACAACCACGAGGUUCUCAAACGCACCGGUCUCACCGCCAAAGAACUCGCCGACACCCUGACACCCAACCGCAACGUCAGCACCCUACCCGACAUUGGCGAAGACGAAUUCGAAGACGACCCAGACGUGGCAAACUGUAUCCUCAAUCCGGCCGAAGUCCGCCUCAAAGAGCGCGUCUGGCUCACGCAAAAUGAAGACUGGCUCCGCGAACAGCAAGCCAAGCUGCUCGCAGCAGAGUUGGAGGCUGCGCUGGAUAAACCCAAGAAACCAAAACAGAAGCGCAAGCAUCACCAAAUGGGCGAUGGGAGCGUGCUAGAAGGACAACCUGCGACAAGUGCGGCUGACGCCGCGCACAAGAUGCUGAAGAAGCGCGCCAAGGGGUUCAGUAACCACAUCAACUACGAUCGAUUAAAGGAACUUUUUCCAGGUGGGAAGACAGAUGCGGCAAGCACACCAUCUGGUAGCGGGAUGGGCGCGAGUCCUGCGCCAAGUCAGACCGCCGCGCCUGUGUCUGUUCAAGUGCAGGAAGAGGAAGAAGAUGACGGGGGAGAGGAGUACGCGGAGGAAGAGCAGGAGGAGGAAGAAUUUGAUGAUCCUGCGCAGUAUAUGCAGGAUGAAGAGGAAGGAUUUGGCGAUGACAACUACGAUGAUUACUAG